AUGAACUCUCUGUGGCCCUCGCGGCCUGCCAACGAUGGCGCCGCUGCCGAAAAGGAACCUCCACCGACCGGCGAUGUUGCAGAUGCCGUGGUAGCGAAUGCUGUCGUCGCAGACGUUGGUCCCGAUACGAGCAACCCACCUCCUCCGCCUCCACCACGACCGUCCUUGCAGAGAAACUCAUCUGCACCCUCUCCAGCUCCGUUGCCAGUUCCGAUACCCCCGGCCCCAAUGCCUCCUGCGCCCGAACCUCAGCAGCCUACCGACUCGCUAUCAUUGUUGCAGCUUCGUAAAAUCGUUGCCGAGUUCAGUCGCGGCGAGCCUGUCGCCUACGAUUUCGUCUAUAAUGAUAUGGGUGUCCACGACGAGGAGGUUGACGAAUGGUUUGUUUAUCAGUUUUGGCAAUGGGUACGAUUGAACGCCGCUCAGAGAGCUUUCGAAUGGCAGUGGCAGCACGAUUACGAUAUACAGACAACUUGGGAAGAGACGGACCACCAGACAAAGGCCAAGUUCACGCUAGAUGCCCUAGAUGGUCUUCAGGUCAAGGACCCGACACAACGUUCUGCGCAUAUCGGCAAAGUUUUGUACCUGGUGCUAGGUCGAUGGGGCGAUACUUCGACGCCUGACACUGUGGGUGACAGGAGGUCGGCCGCCAGCGCGACACAAUUAGAGGCCAUCAGAUCAAGCAUCAGCUUUCUGACAUCUUUGGCCGGCAUUCACACUGUUUGGUCGGCUCUGCAAAGUUGCUUUGAUGUGUUUUGGUCGGAUGAUGCUCGUCUCGUCCAGCCGGGUGGCGCCCAAGAGGCCCAGGAUGAACUUAUCAAUCUUAUGACCAUUAUGUAUGUCAUUAUUCAGGAGGCUCUGAGCUUCCCUAAGGAACUGGGGGCCACCAGAUCCGAGCUUCUUUCUCUCAAACCCGGACUGGUUGAUUUUAUGUCGCUCGCAACCUCAAAGCUGCGUUGGGACGAUGGGAAUUUAAUGCCAUCUAGCCAGAUCUUUCUGCUUUUCUGGAAAACUGUUCUGCUCGUUUUCGGCGGUACAAAAGAGGUAGACGAAGCCAAAAAGGCAACAAACGAAUCGCCCAAUGCGAAGUCCAAAGACUUCAUCACGGCAUCACCUCUAGACUACCAUGUGUUCCGACAAGAGCUCACAUCCAAGUAUCCGGCCUAUGUCCCUCCGCGGACACUCAUCCCCCUGGAGCCUGAGAACACAACCCUUCUUCCACCCAUACCAAAUCAGCCCACGAGGACCAGUGCAGCCAAUGGGAUUUUUCCGGGGCCGCCCACCUCACAGAGCGGCGGCGCUUCUAUCUUGCAUCAACCUGUGCACAUUGCGACGCCGGCUCCGUCACCGCCGCCGUCUCCUGGUGUUGGGGGCAAGGGCGGCAAAAAGCAAAACUACCAGACGAACCAGAAUUUCCCAUUUAUGUACCCACCUCUAGAUGCCACAAGCAACAGCGCUGGUGGUAAAGGUGGAGCUGGCUUGCAGGAACAGCUUGUCGGUCGCAGGUGGGAGGGCAGUGAUAUUCCUGCGUCCAUCUUGGAGGCAGGCGAAUUGUUUGCAAAGAGGGUUCGCAUGACCCGUGCUACGCGACAGCUGUGGGAAGAGCGUGAAAGCUUCCUCAGAUUCGAGAGAGGGUGGGAAGCAGAUGGCGACGACAGCGAUGUUGAUAAUCUCGACCUUGAGGGGCUGACCCUCGAAGAGAAGCAGGAGAUUGCUGCGUUCAAGGCGGAGACCAAAGCUGAGGAGCGCAGAGAAGCGCAACUUUCGAUGCGAGAGCCCGAAAUCGACUGCGGCCCUUCGGCAGAUAAAGUAAACGAUGAGAUCAAGCGGCGUCUACUUGCUGUCGAAAGCUUCUACAAGGAAUCCCUUCCUCAUCUACAGUCGCUUGUAAUCGUCCUACUGAGGCCGAUACUAAUGAACGUUACCGCCGUUUUGUCGCAACCUCCGCAAGGUCAACAGCACCCAAGUAUGGCCGGCAGAGGUGCCAAUGGCGGUAUGAACGGCGGCGCUGGACCUAAUAGACAACAGCAGCCCCAAGACCCCUCUUCAGCUGGAGGCGGCCCUCCAGAGCUCCCUGAGAUGUCGCCGGAGGAGGUCGAUGCCGCGCGAUCCCGGGAAAUCACUACAAAGGCUAUUACUGGCAUUCUCCUGCUUCUGUUGAAGUGGCUCAGAGUCUCUCACGUUCUGAAAUCCGAAUACAUGACGCAACUUUUGCUGGAUUCUAACUACCUCCCGCUGGUGCUCAAGUUGUUCGCCCAUCAGGAUGUUCAACAGGUUGUCGACAGCAAAACGGACCGACUGGAGAACAGCUUCUUCCACUUCUGCAAUCUGCGGUCGAAAUUCAAGGAAAAGUCGCCUGCACAGGCAGAGCCCGACGAGGAGGAGAGCGAGGACGAAGCGGCGCCACCGCCCAUAAAGAGAAGGCGGUCACCGCCUCGCGUCGCGACCGCCGCAACCCGCGAUGGCGACGACACCAGCAAGCUUGAAGGACAAGCCGCGAUGCGCCCUGAAGUUGAUGAGCUCGGAUAUCCUAUCGGCGACCUGCCAGCGGAGCCCAUCACUGAUUUUUCGAGAAGAAACUUCUUCUCUUUGAUCAACUACCUCCGAAUCAUGCAAAAGAUUUGUAAGCACAAAGCUCACCGGAACCUUCUUCUGGUGCAGUACAAGUCUGCCAACAUUCUCCGCAAGUCCCUCAAGAUUCCCCAGCCAGAACUCCGACUGUACACCUUGAAGCUGUUCAAAAACCAAGUACCCUACUGCGGCCGUAAGUGGCGGCAGAGCAACAUGCGCGUCAUCACGGCAGUGUACUUACACUGUCGACCUGAACUGCGUGACGAGUGGUUGGCCGGUAGCGACGUUGAUGCCGAAGUGGACUCGGCGCUGCCACUGGAGCAGGCACUGCGCAGUCUGACGCACUGGUCCAAUGUGCGGCGAUACCCGGACAAGAUUGCUGCCGAGCUGCGGGCCGCCCUACGCGAGGAGCAAGACUUUUUUACAAGGGAGCUGGAGAAGCUGGACAUGAAUUGGGCUGAUGUCGGGGCCGAUGACGGCGCAAACAGUGAGUGGGAGCACGAUGCGGCCGGCUGGCCAUGA